GCACCCAACAUGGCGGCGGCGGAGGCGGCGCGGAGGAAGUGUCGCGGUCGGGGCGCGCCGGGCGCGGGGCGCAGCUUGGCUCCCGCCGGGGCUGGGCGGCGGCGGCGGGCGCGGCAGGUUCUGUUUAGUAUUUCAGACUCGCAACACGCAUUUCUCUGGAGCUGAUGUUUUCCUAACGUUUUCAGCUUGGCUAAAAAGCUGCUUUGCUGGAAUGCUUUAAAGGGUUAGAAACCUUUUCGGUUUGAAUUCAAUUUCAGUUAAUUGAGGGAAAUAUUUCUGAUCUUACCAAAGAAAUAACUGGAAACAUGGAUCAGAACAACAGCUUGCCACCCUACGCUCAAGGCUUAGCCUCUCCUCAGGGUGCAAUGACUCCCGGGAUUCCAAUUUUUAGCCCAAUGAUGCCAUAUGGCACAGGACUGACACCGCAGCCUGUCCAAAGCACCAACAGCCUGUCCAUCCUAGAAGAACAGCAGCGACAGCAGCAGCAGCAGCAAGCAGCACAGCAGUCUACAUCACAGCAAGCGACGCAGGGAACAUCUGGUCAAACCCCCCAGCUCUUCCACUCACAGACUCUUACCACAGCCCCCCUACCGGGAACCACGCCUCUGUACCCCUCUCCAAUGACUCCGAUGACUCCCAUAACUCCUGCGACACCAGCAUCUGAGAGCUCUGGGAUAGUGCCACAGCUACAGAAUAUUGUGUCCACGGUGAAUCUUGGCUGCAAGCUUGACCUAAAAACCAUUGCGCUUCGUGCCCGAAAUGCUGAAUAUAAUCCCAAGCGUUUUGCUGCUGUGAUCAUGAGAAUAAGAGAACCACGUACUACUGCGCUUAUAUUCAGCUCUGGAAAAAUGGUGUGCACAGGAGCAAAAAGUGAAGAACAAUCCAGACUGGCAGCAAGGAAGUAUGCAAGAGUUGUUCAGAAACUGGGUUUUCCUGCAAAAUUUUUGGAUUUUAAAAUUCAGAACAUGGUGGGCAGCUGUGAUGUGAAAUUUCCUAUCAGAUUAGAAGGACUGGUACUCACACACCAGCAGUUCAGCAGCUAUGAGCCAGAAUUGUUUCCUGGCUUAAUCUACAGAAUGAUCAAGCCGAGAAUUGUUCUGCUUAUUUUUGUUUCUGGAAAAGUGGUUUUAACUGGCGCUAAAGUUCGAGCAGAAAUCUAUGAAGCAUUUGAAAACAUCUAUCCUAUUUUAAAGGGUUUCAGAAAGACAACGUAACAGUUUCUACAAGUUUCAGAGAAAUCGGGGGUACAUUUUAAAAGGCAUUGAAUAUGGCACAGCAGUAACGAGAUGGACUUCCGUGAAACUGCAACACCAGGACUUGGACUAUUUCCCAGUUAGUGCCUACUUCCCUGAUGCUCACGGGGAAUUAUAUUGAUUACGUCUACUGAGUUACUGUGAGUUGCUUUACUGGGCUGUUCCUGGAGCAGUCUCUUCAAGUUUUAUUUAUAUUCUAGCUUUUAAAUAGUUUUAAUGCCAGUUCUAUUAAUAGAAAAUCCAUAAAUUGGUUUAAAAGACAACUGCAACUGUGUCACUCAGUGUAUAAACCACUUAAGUUGCCAUGUAUAUAUGUUUUAAUUUCCUUCCAUAAGACCAUGGUUUUUAUAAUUUUUAAGAACUUAAGCUUUUAAAUUUUUUCAAUUUUAAUUUUUUUGUGCCAGACACAUUCCCUCUUUCCAGUAUUAAGCAAGACAGAAUAAAUUUAUUAAUGAAAAUGGCUCACUGUACAUAUAUAUAUAAUAUAUAUAUUCCUCCUCUUUCCUCCUUCAGCUCCACAUGUACAAUAAACCCUGUUUAUACAAUUA